UUUCAGAUACGGAAUGGACCUUAAUGGUGCCAGGAGAAAAAACGCUACAAGGGAAACAACGAGUACCUUGAAAGCGUGGUUGAACGAGCACAAAAAGAACCCUUACCCAACCAAAGGAGAGAAAAUAAUGUUGGCUAUCAUCACCAAGAUGACUCUCACUCAGGUGUCUACAUGGUUUGCAAACGCGAGAAGAAGGCUGAAGAAGGAGAAUAAAAUGACUUGGGAGCCAAGAAAUCGGGUUGAAGAUGACGAUAAUAACAACGACGAUGAUGACCAAGAUAGAAAAAGCACUGAUGGCAAAGACCUACUAGAUUCCAAAGACUCCGGCACAGCAUCCAGCGAGGACGGCGAUAGGCAACCCCAUUCCCGCCUAGCCCCCGACACUGCAUCAGAAUGGAGCGAAUCCCGACCGGAUAGUGGUCCAGAUAGUCCAGAAAUAUACGAACGACCUCCCCACCCCGCCUUCCUGCCCCCUAGAACCUCAGGGGGCAGUCCCCCUCCCCAAAUCAGUCAAAGUCCCGUCACUACCAAGCCGCGCAUUUGGUCUUUGGCGGAUAUGGCUUCGAAAGAGAGCAAUGAAGUGUCUCCUGGCAGUACCAUGUAUUCUACGGCUUCAAGUAGGCUGAUGGGGUCGUUAGGGACACGAUUACCUCCUCCAGGACUUCAUACAGCACCGUAUGCCAGACCUCAUGACUUUUACAGGAGUCUGUACGGUCCUCAACAUCUUAUGGCGUCACAGGGGAGUUCUCCAGAUGCGAGUUUACUGGAGACGUACCAGAGGACGCUGGCAGCGCAACAGAAUGCUGUUAAAACGAGUCUUUCGAGCAGCAGUUCGUCAAGUACCGGUAACCCUUUAGCUAGUUCUUCAGCUUUAAGUAUUUCGACGUCCUCCAGUGGAGGACUUCCUCUAGGACUAACGCAUCCUAGUAGAAUGUCACCGUCCUCAACGACAAGUUCUUUGAGUUCUGCGGGAGGUGAAAGUCCUUUGAAACCGAUAGCUUUGAAUAAAGUUUGAUGUUAACGAACUAAAAACAAAUCGAAAUGAACUGUAUAUUAGAUUUUUUUCUCAAUUUUUUUUGCCUAUCUACCUCUCAAAUUAAAAGUUGAAAUGUGAAUGUGAUUGAAUGAGAAAAAAUGGUGAGAAAAAGAAGAGGUACAUAAAGCAAAGAGCCGAAUUUUUCUUCUUGAGAUAACGUACUAGUUUUCCCUCGUGUUAUAGGUUUUUAUUUGGACUAAAAACUCAUAUCUAUUUCUAUGAAAGACCAAAAUGGACAAUACUUAAAAUUAAAGUUUAAGAAUGCCUUUUUUGAUUUCGUAGCGGCUUGUACAAUAUAUGUGAUAUAUUUAUCUGUUCCUUAGGUAUUUUUUGAAAAUAUUGGCAGUCGCGUAGUGUCCUAAACACUCACACAGAAAUGUACAGGGUCGGGUUGACAGAUUUUUUUAUAAAAUAUAUUAGAACACAUCCCUGGAUGUGCUCUAAAUAAAUAAAAAAAAUUAUAUUAUAAACUUUUAGAGAAAAAAAUUCUUCAUAAAAAUUUUUACUUGCUUUAAAAUGGUUAAUCCCGUUUAUACUUCCAAAUUUUUUCCUACAAAUCAAAACUUUGAUUGAUGGUUUCCAAUCUUUGAUAGAAAAUCAUUAAAAAAAUGUAUAAUCACCAUUUCCGUAGCAUUGAACCAAAUAAAUUUUGUACCACUUUAACAUAUUAAAGCAGCAAAAAAGAUGACAAUCAAAAUUAAUAAUAGCCAUCUUUCAAAAAAAGAAAACCUAAAAAACGCGUUUUGAUUUUUGAAGUUUGCAAAAAUUUCAAGUUCAAGUAUAUUUUCAUAUUUUUAAAUUUUUUGGAAAUUUGGAAAAAUUUAAACAAAAUUAACUAUUUUAGAUCAAGCAAAAACUUUAAUGAAGAUUAUUCUUAAGUAUUUUUCUUAAAAAAUUAAUAACAAAAAGAUUUCUCUUGUAAAAACGAUCUGGGGACAUACUGUACAUCAAAUAAGUAUCUACAUUAAAUUCAAAAAUUCAGAAAAAAUGAUAUUUAAGAUAAUAAAAAAUAUUUUUUUUUAUAAAAUUUAACAUCCUGUAUCUUUAAAACUAUGCAUUUCCGGACAUAUGUUUAUAGGAACUUUUUUUCAUACUUUUGUACAAGGAAUCAAACCCUGAAAAUUUUACGUGCAUUUUUGAAACACCCUGUAUGUCAAAAUUCGCAAAUAAAUUUUCUUUGGUACGAAAAAAUAUUAACCCGGCCCUGUACUUAACCUAGUGGCUCAAAAUUCGACAAAAUAAUUAACUUAAAUCCCGAUACCCGGUGCAAUACAUAGUAUUUUUUAUCGGUACGUUGAUCAAUCUGUCAAAUUUUGAUUCACAAUCUCCACCAAAAAAAAACUCUCUUGUAAAUAUUCCGUUCUCUUUAUUAUUCGCCACAAAAAUUCGAGAAUAUUCCUCCCGUUUUAUGUGGCGGACAGUGUAUAGCGUCGGACUGCCCGAAUUUUGUCGAGCAGUAUAAAAAUGAACUCUAAUAAUUUGUAUCAUUGUAUCUAUAUGUAUAUGUAUAAACUAAUAACUAAUAAUUUCUAGAUUCUAGUAGAGUAUGUUGUAUUUAAAGAUAAAACUAUAUACAGGGUGAGGUCGUGAACGGUUUUUCUUGUCUACAGAGUGAUAUAAUUUGAAAAGUUACCAAUCUGGAAUAUUUCUUAAAACAGAAAAAAAUUCAGAGAACCUUUUCUUUGUCUAUGAGAAGGUCAAAAUUAUUAGUUUUGUAUAAAAAAAAAUGUUUUGAAUAAUGUCUACAGGGUAAGUCAAAAAGCACCUCAUUUUGGUUCUUUCUUCAAAGCCCAGAUUUAUCUAAGAGAUAUUACUGAUUGCUGCUAUUCAAAUAUUCACCCUGUAUAUGUGAAGCUUGUUGAGCAAUGUGUCAUCCUGUAAUAUAAUAGGAUACGAUAUUUAAUAAUAAAAAAGUAAUCUAGAUACAAACUCGUCUGUGUAAAAAAAACAAAUUAAAAAUAUACACUUUAAUUUCAGGAAUUUUCUCUUAAUAUAUAUCUGUCUUUGUCUGAUACACUCAUGUUUGAAAUGUUUAUAUUUUUGUUAUUUUCGUUUUCGAAAAUCUUCCUGUUCAGUUCAAAUAAACAUAUCGAUAAAUAUAGACCAGAAAUGUUUUGAAAAAAAUCAGUCGUAUGUAAAUUUUGCUGCAAUAAAUAUAUUGAACA